AUGACGGACAUUCAAUACUGGGAUGACACGCUGACGGAAGAAUGUGAAGAGAUUCAGAAACUGAUUGAUCGCGUGCAAUCGAUGGGCGAUGGCAAGAGUGCCGUCUUUGACAAAAUCGAAAAACACAUUCGAGGUGCCCAAGGCACCAAACGCAGUUUCAAAAUGGAAACACGGUUGGUAGCGGAUGUCGCCGAUCGUCGCAAAAUGGAAGCGCGGCUCCAAAAUUUGGAUCAAAAACUCAAUGCACUCUCUGCCGAUUGCAAGGCACUGCGACAAGAACACGAACGGGGUGAAUUGUUUGAUGGUGGAGGAGGAGAAGUGGAUGUCGAUGCCAUUAACGAAGACGACGCCGUCAAAGGAGGUGACAAUAUGUUGAAGGAAACGGAAAAUAUACAAAACAAGACACAAGAUUCACUAUCCAACACCAAACAAAUGAUUGCCGCAUCCAAAGAAGUGGGCAUGGCGACAUUGGAAGAAUUGGAACGACAACGCGAUGUUUUGAAUAAUAUCGAAAAGGAAGUCGAUCGCGUCGAUGACAAUCUGGCGCGAGCGGAAGCACUCAUGAAACAAUUUGGAAAACGCAUGGCAUCGGACAAGUUUAUUCAAUGUUUUGCCGUACUCAAUUGUCUCCUUCUAGGAGGUGUCAUUGUCUAUGCCGUGGUCAAAGGAGGUGGAUUGCCAGGGUCGGAACAAGUAUCUCCCACCAAUCCACUCGAUAGUGGUACUCCAGCAGCAGAAGAAGGAACUCGAUUGUUGUUUUUGCGUCAUUAG